AUGUGCACAGGCUGGUGUCAGGAGAAAUGUGCCAUCGUCAGUGGAGGAAGAGAAAGGCGGAGAGGUAAAGGACAGAUUCUUUACUCAUGGUUGCGGAUGUUCUUCGUGUUUGCGGCUCUGUGGGGUCAAGCGACCCCUCAGUGCCCGGACGGCUGCCAUUGCUCCUGGGACACGGCCACCGUGCUGUGCUCGGACGCCGGGCUGCGGGAGAUCCCAGAGGGGAUCCCCACGGAGACGGUCUCCCUCCAUUUGGAACGCAACUACAUCCGGAACAUCCCGGAGAGUGCCUUCGGCCACCUGGUUCACCUGCGGGACCUGUACCUGUCUCACAACCGCAUUGACUCCCUGGCCACCGGGGCCCUGCGGCACCUGGGGCCCGAGCUGCGCCUGCUGGACCUCUCGCACAACCAGCUGAGGCAGGCCGGCAGGGAGGAGUUCGGCUCCACGCGCGCCAAAACGCGCCUCUACCACAACCCCUGGCACUGUGACUGCGCCCUCCAGGAACUGAUGGAGACGCUGAACCUGGAGCCCGAGACGGUGAACGGGAUCGUCUGCGAGAGCUCGGUGCGCGGCGUGGGCGAGGGGAGCAGGUGGGACGACCCCGGGUCGCAGGGGGAGCACGCCGGUCAGCCGCUGGUCAAGCUGUUGGACUCCGGGGUGAACUUCUGCAGCCUUCAGAGGAAGACCACCGAUGUGGCCAUGCUGGUGACCAUGUUCGUGUGGUUCUUCAUGGUCAUCGUGUACGUCGUGUACUACGUCAGGCAGAACCAAGCGGAAGCCCGCAGGCAUUUGGAGUAUCUGAAGAGUUUACCCAGCCCACGCAAGGUGCCCACAGAGACGGACACUCUAAGCACUGGUUUCUGA